AUUAAAAUGGGAAAUAACCAGUGCAUUGGGAAGAGAUAUGAAAAUGCAACUCAAAGCGUUGAGUGAAUCAGGCGUAGAAAGAGUGAAACUAAAAAGAAUGUAGAUGAAACAUCAUUAGACUGCUUCAGUGAGUACAGGAAGAGGUUCAAGAAGACUUAUAAUCCAGCUUCGAAAUUAUUCGAAGAAGACUUUUAUUCGCACAAGGAAGCUAAAUUUUCAACCGCUUUUGAAGGAAGCCAAGACAUCAGGAGUUGCAAGAUAAGCACUAAAUGUAAUACUCAGAGAACUAAAGUCAAAUUUGCAGACCAAUUCGGGUUGGAUAAAGGUGUACAAGAUAUGAAAUUAGAUAUUUCUGGUGAGGAGGAGAGCUAUCAUGUAGAAGAUCCAUUUCUUCUUAAGCAAGGAAUUAUUCUAAACAAUAUAGGUUUGGGACUAUUGAAGAGACAGAAGCAGUAAAUUCUUUUGGAGUUCCAAGUUUACUCCUAGAUGCCACGAAUAGAA